GUAGAUUCUACAUUUCUGUGUUUUGACGUUUUUAGGGUACAUUUCUGUACACGGAAACACACCUUGAGUACAUAUGUGUAAAACCUGAUGACCACCUUUAGCGAAAAUGUCAUCAAAGCACACUCCACGGAACUUGAUCCAACAAUAUGCUGACAAUGUUGCGACAGAGAAAAGCACCCAUCCAACGAGGAAGAGAAGGCCUGUAUCUCAGUCGCCAACAUAUGGUUCAUCUUCCAAAUCAGCUUCUGCAUCAAAGCGACAGCGAACUGCCACUGAAGAGGACUUAACUCCAAGGCACCUUAUUCAAGGUUUUAUUGACACACAAGAUACUGCAGUUCCAUCAACACGAAAGAGCAAGAGAGUUGGGGAGUUACCUCCCCCUUCCUCCACCAAGGUAAAAAAAUCACGACGGCGAUCCUCCCUUGGGAUUCCAUCUAUGGAUAAAGUUGUUAAUGAGUUUACACCAAGGACAAUGAUCAAAGGCUUUUUGGAUCAAGGUUUGGAACAAACGCCAGAAGUGAGAGUUGCCAAGGGAGAUAAAUCUGUUGCCCGGUCAAGUGUGGGAGACCUUCCCAACAAUGAAGUGAGCUUCCAACCCAUAGAAGCCAGUUUUCAUGAGAAUAAGCUGACCAAGCAAGCACGGAAGUCCCGUGGUGGCAGGCAGAGGCUGCCCAUCAACAUCGUCCGUCGUAGAAGUGAAAAACUUGCCAAACAGCAGCAGACUGGAAAAGAGCUGGAGUUCUCAAGUGAAGAAGAGGAGGAGUACAGUGCCGAGGAACAGACUAUGGAGAUAGGCAGAGAAGCUAACAGAUCAAGGAGAAAGAGUGCACACAGGUCCUUGCAUGAUGUAUCCGACACUUCAGCCAAAGAUGAUACGUCCGCUUCGGAAUCACCAAGGAAGUCACUGUCCCAUAGCAGAGUCACACCGUCCAAAAGACAGUCCAUGGCUUCUUUGAAGAAUGUUUCUGGUGUUACACCCAGCAAGAGUUUGUCUAUGUCUCGUGCUGAUGCUCACCUCUCUCCAGAUAGUAGUGUCAAGACCAGGACACCUAAGGAGACCAGAUCGCCAAGAAGAGGCACUCCCAGAAGCAACAGACGCUCAGGCAGUAUGUCAGUGUCUCCCAGAUCCACUGUCAGUGAUUACAAAGUCAAAAGUGCACAUGCCAUGGAGCAAGGAGGAGGGGACAUGAUAGCAGACGUGGAAGAGGAUGUGGAUUCUGAAGGGUCUUCUGUUAUUAGAGAGAAAAGUGCAUCGAAAUCGAAAUCAAGAAUAGACGAUGAUGAGGAAUUGGGUUCUGACCAUGAACAGAGUCAAAACAAAUCCAAGUCCAGAAGAGAUAGUUUAUUGGACAGUACUUCAAGCAGACAUGAUGAAGGUAGCAGGCCUGAUUCGAGGGCAAACUUAUCAAGAUCAAGGUCAAGGUCAAGAGUUGAAGAUCAGGGUCAUUCGUCUCCAAGUCGAGGUGAUUCCAGGCUGGGUUCCGAAAAAAAAUCACGUUUGAGUGUAAAGGAUAGACCAAGCCCUAAAUCGAGGUCGAUGUCCAAAUCAAAACUGGCAGAAGGAUCAGAUAAUGAAGAUGAAGAAAAUGAUGAUGACUUGUCAUCACACAUGACAAAGAGCACCGGCUAUAUACCGUAUGACUUUCCUGAAGACGAGCCUCGUAGUGGCCGGUCCUCUCCUAGGCACACGUCAGGACUUGUGGACAAUGUCUACGACUUCCAUGAUGAUAGCCCUUCCAAAAAGAUCAUUGGAAAAUUGGUGCAGACUUUACAACAAUCUGCAUCAGCAGACAAAGGUGACCGUGGUCCAUCUGUGAGGGAUGACCUCUCAGACCAGGAGGAUGAGUCUCACAGUGCAAGGGAGCACCAACAUACAGGGAAUUACAGCGAGGAGGAGCAGUCUGAUGAUGAUGAUGAUAGUUUUCAUGGUGAACCGGAAGAGAGCAUAAUCCCUGCAGCAGAUGGGGAAACUCGUGAAUACUACACCCCGCUGCGGACUCCCCACUUGAAGAAGAAACUGAGUUCAAGGAAGCGGUUGCCUGUAGUCACUUCAACUCCUAAACCCCCAUCUGUACAGCAGGGGGAAAAAGCUGCAAAGCAGAAGGGAAGGAAGAAGUCUGCCCAGCAGAAGAAACUCAGCAAUAGCUACAUGCCAACUAGUGUUGUUAAAGGGCUCUUUUCUCACUUCUGUCCUGCCAAAGUCUCCAAAGAUGCCAUUGCUGAAGUGGAAAAAGCGUCUGCUCAGUUUUGGGAAAAUGCAGCCAAAGAUUUGGAGUCAUAUGCUCUUCACGCACAUCGCAAGACUAUUGAAGAAUCUGAUGUGGAAUUGCUGAUGAAGAGGCAGAAGUUUGUUACCCCAAAGGAGUCCCUGUAUUGUCUGGUGGAGAAAUAUCUGCCCUUGGAGCUGAGACAGGAGAUAAUCCCCAUUUCUCGAUCAGGCAAUAAGAUAGAGCUGAAAUAACAGACAAAGACCUUUCCCAUUCAACAAGUCUUGAUAAAGAUAGGAGCUGGUGCUUUCAACUGCUUUUAGUGUCCGGCAGCCAUCGUGUUCCCAAGCAUGCGAUGUCAAACUGAUGGUGUCUGUCAAGUGUCAUAUUUGUUCAUGUAUCUCCUUAAUUAUUUUCUAUGUACUUGAUAUUUGGAGCAGCUUGUCAUGCUUCAGACCUGGGUUUGAUUCCCAUGUUGGUAAAUCAUGUUUAGCCCAUACCAGGUGUCCCCACCAUCUUGCUGGAAUAUUGCAGUUAGUGGUGUAAAACCAUAUCCUCUUUUUGAUUUCUUGACCUGUAAGUUUGAAAUUCAAUUAAAAAUCAGUAAGAACUAUGUUUCCAUUUUCCAGGUCAUUUUGCAGCCUGAAAAGUAUAACAUUAUGGGAACAGAAUAAGAUUUUUGCUGUUUUGUUUCCUCGAAAUAGCAUUUUUUCACUCGUGACAUGUUUUCGGUUUGAAUUUAAGAAGACUGUUUUGCAGUUGUUUUUGCAUUAGGAAUUUAACAUACACAUAAAGGAUGUUGAAUAACAUUUAGAGUUGAAUUUCAUACAUAGUAUGAACAACCUAACUCCUAAGACAGUGUGAUUAUUUCAUUGUAGAUAUUUGUAAUAUAAGGCUACAGUGCCAAUAUUUUAUUCCAUAUAGGGACAUUAUGUUGUAAAUAAUUUCACAACAUAGGUGCCGAAGUAUGCAAUACAUUUAUUUUGUAUUUAUUUAUGUAAAUAUUUGUUAGAUGGUAUGGACUUGUGGCAGCUGAGGCAUCUUUUCAGUUAUUCACUAAGGAGAUGAAGAAGUCUAGUGGUGAAAGUGUCGCCAAGCCCCAAGGUUUUAUGCGCCACAUGAUGAUUGUCUUAAACCUGUUGGUGCCUGGCAAGAAUGUUUCUGAAGUACUUCUACAAGUUUUAAAAUAGAAAACACUCUCAGUCUUGUUCUGGUCCAUAUUGUCAUGUCCAUCAACUCAUUUAGGAAGAGAAGGCUUUGGUGUUGUAUUUUCUGGAGACAACAUGAAGCUGAUGAUGUAUAGAGUGGGUGUAGGUUGAAGCUACAUGUUGAUAUUUGGGGGCAGUAAUCUGGCUAUAGUCUGGCCAGUAGUUACAGUUGUUCUCACAAUCUCCAUGUUACAGGCUGUUGCGGUUGUCAGUUUUCAUGAUGCUUUUCGCAGAACAAAACAGGCCUGUGGAUUGUUUCCAAAUGUAUUAAAAUACAUUUCUGUUACAUAUAAAAUGUUUGUUCAGUGUAGUAAUAUGUGAUAAACUCGUUUGUGCAUAUUGCUACCUGUGAUGCUGAUUUGUUUAUGCAGUGUUUGAACAUGAAGAUCAAGGUCACUGUCAUGGCCCCACUGCUUCAAGUUUCAGAUGUCAGGGUCCCUACAUUCAAAUACAGAAGGAGAAAGCCUCAGGGAACCAAGGAUUUCUGUUAAUUAUUAAAUGUAUAGCAUCUUUCUUCUUUUCAAUUUAACUUCUACACUGACAGCAGAUGAAAAACUUACAAAAUGUCAUUUCUUUGUAGAAAGUUACCUUUAAUAUAAAACCACCAAUAAACAUAAAUAUGAUCAGUA